GGGCCAAGUCGGUUUGCGACAGAGGCCGCGGCUCCCGGACGGGGGAGCCGAGCAGCGGGGAUCCGCCGCCCAGCGCUCGGCCCUCGGGCCCGCUCUUCGCCAGCCCGGAAGGUUUCUUCCUUCUCCGCGCGCCUCGCCCGCGCCGCAGAGUCUUGGCAAGGGAUCCCGGCGGGUGUGUGAGCCCGGGAGCAGCGGAGCCCCGCGCGGCCACGACUCCCCAGCGUGAGGGCGGAAGGGGACGCCGAGGUUUGGCCUGCGGGCGCGGGGCGGUUCCCGGGAGGGUGGCCAAUCUGUGCGCGACCGCGGCGGGAUUUUCUCUUCCGCUAGCUCUGACCCGGCCGGUGCCCCAGCCGCGGCGCCUGCAGGAGAGAGCCGAGGGGAGCUGCGGAGAGCGCGACGGGCCGCGGGUGGAUGCGGCAAAUGAAAGGGGAUCCGAAGUGCCUGGCGCGGCCGCGGCUGCGACGUGCAGCUGCAGCGCUGGGGGAGAGGCCCGCGGAGCGCUCGGCUUGGGCAACUUCACUUUUCCCGCCGCUCGAAAACUGGGGUGGAGAGGUGCAGAGGGCUUGGUGAGGGGCUUGUCAUGAAAUCUUCACUGGAGCCCCUUCUCCUUCUGGAGCGUGGAGGCAUUGGUGCUGAACAGGAGAUUGAGAAAGCUUGGGAAACUAUCGUGUGAAGAAACGCGGUGGUGAGGGGUGGGAAUCGUGGGGACCCCCGGGGGCGCGAGGUCGCGGAUCUGCCGUGCGAGGCGCAGCGCCCGGCGGGGCUGAGCGCUGAGAUUUAGGGAAGUGGGAGCCGCGCGGGCUGGGCGUCCCGAGGAGAGUCGGCCACGCGGUGUGUUUCCUUUCACUUCCUGCAGCAGCUGCUCGCUAUGAGGAGGGCGGCGGGCUUCGGGCGCAGCGGCCGCGUCCCGCGGGCGUGAGCGCCCACGCGCCGCCGCAGCCGCCGCGGGGACGGCCCCGACCCCCCUGCGCUUUCGGCCAUGAGCUCUCGGUGAAUACGCGGCGUGGGCAGUCGUGGAGCUGACGCUUCGAGAGGUAACGCUGGCUCAGGUUUGAGUGGCCUGCGAGAGUGAAAAAACCCUAACAUGGAGGACUUUUCCACCAGGACCUAUGGCACCAGUGGCCUGGACAACAGACCUCUGUUCGGAGAGACGUCGGCCAAGGAUCGAAUCAUCAAUUUAGUUGUUGGCAGCUUAACAUCCUUAUUGAUUCUAGUAACGCUGAUCAGUGCUUUUGUUUUCCCUCAACUACCUCCAAAACCUUUGAAUAUAUUUUUUGCUGUCUGCAUCUCUUUGAGUAGUAUUACUGCCUGCAUUCUUAUCUACUGGUAUCGACAAGGAGACUUAGAACCGAAAUUUAGAAAUCUAAUUUACUAUAUCUUAUUUUCUAUCAUCAUGUUAUGUAUAUGUGCGAACCUGUACUUCCAUGACGUGGGGAGGUGAGGCUGCCAAGGAGAAAUACUUACCAGGUCUCUUCAAAGCUAUACAUUAGGACUGUGAGUCAGAGCCGGGUAAGCUAUGCUUAAGAAUCUCCUGCACAAGUCUGAUACAUGAUUUUCAUGUUAAUUGUAAAUCUAAAAUUCCCUCUUGCAGGGGAGACAUAGCCUAGAUUGCUUUGCUUUUUCUUUAAGGAGGUGGUGUUGCACCUAAACAUUCCAACCCUUAAAGCUCAAAGGGCACAAGCAAUUUUCACUUUUGAAAUUAGACUUUUUAUAAUGUAAGUGCAUGGCGAAAAGCUAUGUAACAAUCUUGAAUUUUAAGACAAAUAUUCUUUUAUUUCUGUUAAACUGAAUAUACAAUUAUUGUUCCCUAGGCAACCAACUUUUGCUUAUAACUACAAUUUCACAUUAACAAAACACAGACGGUGAAAAGACAACUUUGAUUGUGAAGACCUAAUUACAAUAAUAAAUAAAAUAAUUUAUACAAGUUUUUUUUUUUUUUGUGACUUUUCUGUAGGGGUCAUGUUCAUUAAAGCCCUAGAGGCUAAUUUUGGCUUCACCUUCUCUAAUACAUGAAUGACUCUUGAUCUCUUUCAUAACAGAAGCAAAUUUUUUUUAAAUUGCCUGAGAGGGAGAAGUUAUGUCACACCCCACCAGCUGAUGCACUAAAGUGAAGGGCAGACUCUGAUACCUUCCUCAACUAUUUCCUGGGUAAUUUGUAUAGCAAAACAUGUAAGAGUCAUAGUAUAGGGUAGGCAACCUUAACUUCCUUUCCCAUUUAAUUUUACUUCAAAGUGCUAACUUUGUAAACUGACAACAGUGGGUUCUGAAGGGGUGAAAACUCUAGCUUCUGGUGAGCUGUGUUGCUACCCUCUUCCAUAUUCCCUUUAUAAGUAAUAAAAAACCUGUAGUGAAUGUU